AUGCAUCUAGCAAUCAAACCAGCGAGGAAGACGACGAAGGCGGCGGUGCACGCCCGGUCAGCAAGCCUGCCGCACGAGGGUUCACAUCCGGUCAUCGCCUACCUGGGCGACAGCAUCCGCACUCUCAGGUCAUGGUCGGCUGGAGCAGCAUGUUGGGCCUCCGGCAUUGCCCUCGUCGAUGCCGUCCUGGCAGCGCUCGGCGACCUCCUGGCGCUGCCGCAGGCUGUGGAAGCCCUCCACGAGACGGCUGCCUGUGAUCAACUCCUCGACAUGUUCCUUGUGCUCGCCGACGCUUAUGGUUCAUUCCAGUCGGCGCUUAUCACGCUCAAGCAGAGCGUGGCAGAGCUGCAGGCUGGCACUAGGUGCGGUGACGGCGUGGUGGUCGCUGCAUCGCUCCGUGCACACAGGCGGACAGAGAAGGAGCUGUCCCGCCUCGUCGCCACAAUGCGACACCCCACCAUGAGGCCUGUGGAUACAAUGGGCAAUGAGGUGAUCAGCAUUGUGGCAGAAGUGGCUGCGGCCAUUGCAGAAGCGUCGGAGGCCAUCUUCUUGGAACUCGUGCCCGUAGCCCAGACCUCAAACAAGUGGCUGUCCAGGCUGAGCAUCAGACCCAGUGCCAAGAAGGGAGCGACCGAGACAGUGAUGUCGGCAUUGGAGAGGUUGGAGAAGCUAGAGGAAUGCAUUGAUGUGCUGGAGACCGGGAGCGAGAAUGUUUUCAGGAGACUGCUGCAGUUUAGAGUUUCACUUCUGAACAUCCACUCCCUUCUAACUCUGUAG